GGUCCCCAAAUCUCCUUAUUUUUUAGUGAUGUUAAAGGGGAAAAGAUAAAAGAUUUUUUAGGAGAGAGAGGGAUAGUAAUGUCAUACAAAUAUGGAUGGGUUAAUCAUGGUUAAUGAUCAUAAGGUUAUUCACCUGAUUCGUUCCUCUUUUUAUCCAACGGUUUCAGUUUCUCUCCUGUACAACAAUGAAAGCAGGGAAUGAGCGCCACAACAAAACCUUCCCGCCUCAUCAUGAUCAUCAUCAAAAUCAUCCCGGCCACCAUGCUCCUCUCCAGCUCAACCUCAUGCCAUAUUCCUCCUCCUCUGCCUUCUCCCUUCCCCACCCUGCCCCCGUCGCCACCGCAAAUCACCCCAAAUCCUCCUCCUGAAUUAACCAUGCAUGCUGCUCUCAUCUGGAAUCCUUCAUCUGGGGAAGAAAAAUUGGAAUCUAUAGAUUUUUCAAGUUCAAUCGGCUUUGCAUUUUUUUUCCUAUACUCUAGAUCCAAAUUCGAACUUGAACUGGGGCGAGAAGACGAGAUCGUUCCUCGGAGGGAUCGACGUGAACCGACUCACGGCUGCAUCGACCGUUGAUUGCGAGGAAGAAGCAAUAGUUUCUUCUCCGAGCAAUACCCUUUCUAGUAUCAGAUGGAAGAGGAGCGAGAGGGAUCAACCAGAUACUACCGGGUCCACCGGAGAGAAUCUCAAAGAGAGCUUCAAGGAGCGCAACACUCUCAAUCCUUAUGUCUGAAACAAAACUGGAGAAGGUGAUCGGAGGUGACUUUUAAAUUUUAAUGAGUUAUUAUUGAGAGAUCAAUUUAUGAGUCAAAUUAGUUAUAGAUUUAAUGGCCGUCCCCAGAUUUGAUUAUCAUUAUUCUACAAUAUGAUUCGGCUCAAGAUAGGGUGCAUAACCAUGGAUUAUGCACCCAUGCAUAACCAAAUCUGAAGUUAUUAUUUAGAAAAUCCAGAUUUAAGGAUGGAAAAUUAAAGACCAUUUUUAUUUUCUCUAGCUUUUUUAAUCGGCACAUAUCUUUUUCGUUUUAACUCGAAUUUUGAUUUUUUUUUUUUUUGCACAGAUGGAACGAGUUCAUCUUGCUCUACAAAAUGAGAUCAAUUUUCAAUAUUUUUUUAGAAAAAAAAAUUAUGGUCUCUCAGUACCAACUGCAUACCAUAUGAUAUUUUCUUCGUUUUUAAUUCGUUUUUGAAAACGUUUGCACAGAAGGGACGAGUUCAUCAUGAUCUAUUGGAUCUACAAAUUUCUGGGUGAACAAAUUACAUGACCAAUAAAUGUGAACGGCUAUUUGCCGCCAAUCAAAUUGCUAUUUGCCGCCAACUAAAAAAAAAAAACGAAUUUUUCUAUUCCUUCCUAGUGCCUCCGUCGCCGGUAAAAAAAAAAAUUUAAAUUUUGAAUUUUCCCUUCCUUCCCAGUGCCUCCGUCGCCGGCACCGUUCUUCCGUCGUCGGCUAACCUCCCGUCGCCCUCAAUCGUCGGAAAACAAGUAAGUUUACUUUUUCCGGCCAGUUUUCUAGUUUUCCGGUAAGUUUUCCAGUUUUCCGGCGAAAAACACGGCGGGCCGAAAAAAAAUUGCUGCCUGAACGUCGCCGAGCCGAAAAAAAUUUGUGGCCGGGACGACGGCCGGCCAAAAAUUCUUUCGGCCCGGCGACGCCACGGCCGCAAAUUUUUUUCGGCCGGUCGCCGAACACGCCGGCCAAAAAUUUUCCGGCGGCGUGUUCGUCGGCCGGCCAAAAAAAUUUGCGGCCGGAGCGACGUCGGGCCGAAAGAAUUUUUUUCGGCCGGUCGCCGAACACGCCGGCCAAAAAUUUUCCGGCGGCGUGUUCGUCGGCCGGCCGAAAAAAAUUUGCGGGCGUGGCGUCGCCGGGCCGAAAGAAUUUUUCGGCCGGCCGUCGUCCCGGCCACAAAUUUUUUUCGGCUCGGCGACGUUCGGGCCGCAAUUUUUUUCGGCCCGCCGUGUUUUUCGCCGGAAAACUGGAAAACUUACCGGAAAACUGGAAAACUGGCCGGAAAAAGUAAACUUACUUGUUUUCCGACGAUUGAGGGCGACGGGAGGUUAGCCGACGACGGAAGAACGGUGCCGGCGACCGACGAUUGACUUGCCUCGCGCCCGAUCUUCGUCCAAUCGACCCCGAACUCGCUAGAAAUCCAUAAUGAAAUUCAUAAGUUCAUAAUGACACUAGGGUCAUUAAAAAUACAACUAGAAAAACAACAACAUAUAAAUAGGGCAUUGGAACACGACACACGAUUUACGUAGUUCACUAACACGAAGUAUUUAUAGUACUUCUCCAUGUGGGUCAGCGAGACCCACGAUUACCAGUCGUAGCGGCUGAUAGUCCGAUUCAAGUCACAUCAACAAAGGGUUUAGGGUUCAGGGUUUAGGGUUUAGGGUUUGAAACACAUGGUUCGUGUAGCACUUUGCCCACAUUGUCUGAUGGUUAGUGAUGAUUCAUGGAUGCGUGUACGCAUUAUAUGUCGAGGAUAGGCUUUCCCGAUGAUUUUCCGACGACUUUUCCGGCGAGCGUUGAAUUUUUCUGAUUCAAUACGUUCUUUGAAAGUUGGAUAUGUUGUAGAUUGUGAAACUCCUUAACCAAAGAUGUAUAUAUAUAUACAUUUUUUUUCAUCGAUGAUUUUCCGGCGACUUUUCCGGCGAGCGUUGAAUUUUUCUGAUUAAAUACGUUCUCUGAAAGUUGGAUAUGUUGUAGAUUGUGAAACUCCUUAACCAAAGAUGCAUAUAUAUACUUUUUUUUUUUUGGUUGGCGGCAAAUAGCAAUUUGGUUGGCGGCAAAUAGCAAGCCUCCCAAUAAAUACCACACAAUACCACUCUGGUACGGGGUGGUAUAUUAUGGUAUAUUAUGGUAUUUUCUUUGUUUUUAAUUCGUUUUAAAAAACGUUUGCACAGAAGGGAUGAGUUCAUCAUGAUCUAUUGGAUCUACAAAUUUCUGGGUGAACAAAUUACAUGACAAAAAAAAUACCACACAAUACCAUACAAUACCACUCUGGUACGGGGUGGUAUAUUAUGAUCCACAAUGAUAAAAGUCAUAAAUGACAAUUAAUAUACUUCUAUUAUCAUGUAUUCAACCAUCCUACAGUCUUGGUUUGUUCAUACCACCAUGGUACGCUUUUCAAACCAUAGGUAUGUUCUUAUUUCCAUACCAGUCAAUACCAUAUGGUAUAGACUGGUAAAAAAUGGCUCAAUUUUUUUUGUUCAAAAAAUAUAUCAAAGUGGAUAUCAUUUUGUAGAGCACAAUUAAUCUGAUCUAACUGUGCAAAAAAAAUUAAAUUUCGACUUAAAACGAGUGAGAAAUCGUCCGUCAAAAAUUAAGAAGGGAAAAAUUAAAGGAUUUCCAGGAAAGAGGGAUGCAGAUGUCAUGCUGAUGUAUUGUGGGGUGGUUACUCACCAUAAAGUUACUGACCUGAUCCGUUCCUAUAUGAUUCGGCCAACAUAAAAAUACAAGUAAGGAAAGGAGGGGGCAUGUAUGGUGACGACGAAGGCUUUGUCCUCGUCGUAGAGAGGUUGGUCGUCGGAAGCAAGGUCGUUGAUGGCCAGUCGUGAUAGGCCAGGAAACAGAUCGCGGCCCCGAGACCCACCCAGAGCGGCCUUGUCGCCGCCGCCAUGGCGAAAUCCGAUGGAGGGAGCAGGAGAAAAACUAAAAGUGUCCUGGGACGAAGUGGAAGGUGAAGCGACGCCUGUCUGCCCUCUUUUGUCUCAAUCAAGUUAAUUAAUUAUUAUUUUAAUUAUUUUAUUUUUUAAAAUUGACAUAUCAUCAAGUUAACGAUCCAGUUAGCAGUUAUGUUUGCCACGUCAUCAAAAGACUGGCGGAAUUAACGGAGGCUGACAGAGUCUAACUGCCGGUGACUAACGGUGAAACAAUUCGUAAAGUUAGUGGCGAAAAAAAAAAGAAAGUAAUUCGUGUGGCAAACAUGAAAAAUUUAUGUAAUUCAAAUGACCAAACGUGUAAUUUAGCCUAAUUAGGGAAUGGGCUGAAAUAACUCGUCUGACAAAAAUAAAUUAGAAUGUGGUAUUUUAUCCAUAAGAGAAUUGAAAUAACUACAUCAAUCCUAUAACUUAGGCUUGUAAAUUAAUUGAGGUUGACUUUCAUCGCGAUAUUGUAUAAUAAAAGUUGAAACCAAACAAGAAAAAUGUCUAAGGUAAAAGUAAAAGUAAAACAACAAAAAUAAAUACAGUAAAACCUCUAUAAGUUAAUAUAGUCGGGACCAUGAAUUAAUUGGUGUUUGGAGUAUGAUAUCCUACUCUAAUCUUUAAUGGGUUUACCCCAGUUCAUGAUUCUCUAAGUCAAAUAAUGAGAUUCGUUUAAUCUUAAAAUGACAACCAACGGUUGAAAUAUCCAAGUACAAAUAAUAGGUGUGAAUGCAUGUAUAUAAUGUAUUUCAGGCGUAGGCUAGCCUUUGUCAACUAUAUAUAUAUAUUGUGACUACUACGGUACCCCGGGUGAAAUCCGGGGUAGCGAAUACCUUGAGUAUGAAAACGCUAUCCAGACCUCGAAUUAGCAGGAUAUUUGGGCAUGAUAUUAUACCCUAACUCUUAAUGAGUGAACCCUAGGUCCUAAUUAUCUAAAUCAUAAUCUAUAAACCCUAAGAUGGUGCAUUGAUUUUUUUGUCUAUAUUUGGCCGAAUCAUAACCGUCGAUUAGUGUUUCUAAUUAAAUUGAUCUUGGGAUAUAAGAUUUAUAGAAUUAAGGCCUAGAUUUUGAUAUUUAAGGGUUAGAGUUUAGUAUCAUGUCCGAAAGAUCAGUCAAUUCAAGUUCUGGAUAGCGUUUUCUUAAUCAAGGUAUGCGGUACCCCGAAUUUCACCCUGGUAACGUCAGAUGUAUAUUAUACGUUAGGUGAUCUAGCCGUUACCCAUAUAUAUGGUGGCGUCUUUGAUGCACCCACUUUUUUGGGUGCAUUAAUCGCCAUUUUGAGUAGGCAAUUCAUGCCAAAAAGAUGUCAAUCAUUACUUGUGAUAUGAUAGACAUGAAACCCCAUGAAUUUACAAACAUAAUCAUUCAAUAUUUACUUGAUUUGAAGGAUUUAGGAUUUAGACAUUUAGGGUUGGGGUUAUGGUUAUGGUUCAUAUUUUGGGAUUUUGUGUUGGUGUUCAAAAUUGAAGGUUUAGGAGUUAAGGUAAUUGAUUGAUUAGUUGUGAUCCUUUAUUAUAUCAUCAUAUUAUACUAAUGCUACCAGUUAAAAUUUAAAAUUUGAUUUCUAUAGCUAACUUUAGAGUUGGGUGCACCCGAAAAAGUGAGUGCAUUGAAGUAGCCACCAUAUAUAUAUAUAUAUAUAUAUAUAUAUAUAUAUAUAUAUAAAUAAAGCUUAGUUGGGCUACUGUUGCCUAACUUAUUUACAUUUUGAUACCCCAAAUUUAAUUAAAUCACAACUUAGUCACUAUAAUAUACAUUUUAUAUUUUGAUACCUCAAAUUUAAUUUUAAUGUAAAUCAUUGAACAAUUAUCUAAAUUGUAUGAGAAUUUCGUACCUACAAUUUUGUACUUUUCUAUAUUGAUCAAUUGUUUAGAUUUAACUUGAAUCCAUGAAUUCAAUCCACCAAUCCUUUUGAACCAAUCCAUGAAUCCAAUCCACCAUAACAUUAAAGUAUAAAUUUAGUUUAUAUCAUACAAGAUGUUGUAUCACUCAACUGUAGUAGAAGAUUCAACCAUUUUAUACUUGCUAAUUACGUGAAACAUUAAAAAAUGAUAAAAAGAGGAUUUUAAAAUAUUACAAGAGCGAAUUUAUAAACUCAAUUAGUACAUUUACAAUGUACUAAACAAACUUCUACUAACUUCAUGUAACAAAAUAUGCGACAUCUACAUAAGCAAGUGUCAAUAAAUUGCUACGGUGAAAAUGAUUGAUUGUUGUAUUGAUGACCGACUAAAAGAAUUGGUCAAAACCUUUUCAUCAUCUACUUCCUCUUCGGUACAUUUUUCACUCGCCUUCCACAACCCUUUCUUUGUUUCUUUCUUUGCCUUCUUCAUCUAACCCUAAUUAGUAUACUAUUUUUAUGUAUUCUAAUCGCAAGUAUGUAACGGUCCAUACACGACUGACCAACAGUCUAGAGAAUUAAUAACUGAAUCAUGAACCACUAACUUUUUUAGGUCAAUGUCGAGUCCAAUAAAAAACGAAUAUAUAUGGUUAUUACUUAUUAGAAAUUCAUCAUUUUCCAGCAUGAGAUUUGAAGGCAUGAAAUUUUAAGCGAGUUUCAGUUUGUGUUCCUUUUGCUUCUCUCUAGAGGUUUUCUUUUUCAACCCAACAUUUAUACAUGGGAUUUCAACAAUUAUACAUAUCAAAUAAAUAGUUUUCUAUUUUUUUUAUAAAAAAGUAAAUAAUUAUCAUCUUAAAUACAUCACCAUAAAAGGAAUUACGUCACUCAUACACCACCCAUAAUCAAUGAGUCUACUUGUGUUAAGGUAAAUAUAAUUUAUUAGCCAAAAAUUUUAAAUUGGAUGUUGACCUACAUAUAUCUAUCCUUAGUCAAUAUCACAUUGUCAAGUCAAUAUUACUAACAAAACUGCUAACAAAAAAUUAAUUUUAUGCUAAUAAUACUAACAAAACACCAUAACCGGCCACAUAAUACAUUCCUAUAGGCCAUCUCCACCCGCGACAUCGCCACCUAGUAUAUAUAUAUAAUUGAAUAGGUUGGAGUUGGAUAGUAAAAAAGAAAAAAAAAUAUUAUACCUACUAAUAUACUCAAAUUCUAACUUCAUUGAAAAUUCUAUCGAUUCAAGUUUUGUCCUACUCGAUUGAAUCGAAUUUGGUUAUAGGUAUAAUAUGCCCCUCUACUAUGACGUUUUAUCAAAUAUGUCCUUCUACUAUUUUUUACAUCAAACAUGCCCUUGAACUUUGGAAAACUUAUCAAACAUGCCCUUUUGUUAAAAUUUCCAUCCAAAAAUCGUUAACCAAGACCGAACUUUGGUUUGGGAGACCCAAAUAUCUGAAAAUCUCUCUAAUAAUUUUGCUUUAGAGUUUUUUUUUUGGUUCUUUUGUACAGCCAAAUAAUUCUAAUAAUUUCACUUUGAUGAGAUCUAGAAAAAUAAAGCAAGGGUCAAAAACUGACAUUUCUCCUCCCAUUUAUCGAUGUGAGGUCGUCUAAAUCUCGGUUCAACCAUGAUUGACGAUUUUUUCAAUGAAAAUUUUAACUGAAUGGCAUGUUUGAUAGUUUUUCCAAAUCACAGGGGCAUGUUUGAUGUAAAAAAUAGUAGAGGGGCGUGUUUGAUAAAACGUAAUAGUAAAUGGGCAUAUUAUACCUAUAACCCAAUCAAAUUAGAUAUCACGGGUGUAUACUGUAGAUACUUUUGCCAUCUACAAGUAAUACAUCAAAGAUAAUCAAAAGAAUGCCAAAAAUGACAAAUAAGUAACAAGGCGGAUAACGAAACUUGGGAUAGUGAACCUAUUUUUAUAGUGGUAUGGCAAACUGAACUUUCAUUUAUGGGUGCAGAUAACAAUUUGCUUCCAAGUUGAAGAUUUCCGAUGUCGCGCCCACUGUCUUGGUGAAAGAGAGCCUACUUAAUCGUCAAACACCAGAAGUCAAACAAAAAUCGUCAAUACUCUAUAUCCGAGAAGGGUUUAAUCAAUAUGAAUGUUUGACUACCAGAAGCCUUCCAUCCAGUUCCCAUUUCCCAUUUCCCAUUCAUUAAAUUCCCGCCAAUGACCUGAGAUCAGAUCAGCUAUAUAAUAAGCUCCCACCAUGUCCUCCAUUUCUCCCCACCAAACACCUUCCAUCUUCAGAGCAUACUUACAACAUCUCUCACCUUCCAACUUUAGAAUCAAAAGGCUAAGUAGCUUACCUAAGGGAGCAGAAAUGGAAAGCGGGAACAAGGGCUCUUCAGCAGGAAGCAACAACAAUAAGGCUGCAUCUUCUGCAAAACCUGCUGGCUCCUCUUCUGCAGCAACUGGCUCUGGAACCAUGAA